UAUAUAGGAAAUAUUUGAUUGUUUAUUUGUUUGUUUCCAUUGAACAGGCUCCGAAACUACAGAACCAUCUCCUUUCACUAUAUCCUUGGGUGACAUAUUAAUGAGGAUAUUUUUAUUACUAGUUUUUUUUUAAAAUUUUACGCGGAUAAAGUAGCGCGCAAUUGCUAAUCGCGAAUAAUCUGCUACAAUACAACAGAGAAAUGUAUUGCUAUACGGGCGAAGUCGGCGUAGAUCACUAGUUUUGAUGCGUUAACUCAGCUAUCGCUAGUGGAGGUCAAUACUAAUAAACAAAACUUUAAAACUAAAUAAAAACGGCUACGACGAUUGAAUUACGUUCAAAUCAUAACAUCGUAUUUUAGAAAUAUACAGACGGUAUCGGGUGCCAUUGGACAGAAGCUUUUACGUACAGACAGACAGUGAUAUCUUGUAUGUAUUGACAGGUGACAGGAGCAAUCAACGCAGAUAGCGUUCGUAUACACGAAUUUUAAUUAACAAACUUGACGCGCUCAUUCCCGACUUUGAAUUUUAAAUGAUCAUAGAAAUCUAAUAUGGCAGUUACGUAUUUUUAAAAGAAGCAUUAAACGUUAGGAAUAUUUUUAAAAAAUAGAUUUAAAUUGACAGCCGUUGAAAUUGAAAGUUGGUUUUAUGAAAUAACUUUUCUGCAAAACUUUUCUUUUCUUAAAACUUGAUGUGCUUUAGAUAGAACUUUUAUUAGUCGGUUAAGGAAAGAAAUCGGAGCAUUGUUUUAUUUUCGUUUAAUCUUUAACUUCUUGCUUGAAGUGCGAAACCUUACGUACCUAAUUUUUUAAUUUAAGGUCACUCCCCGGAAGCGAUUCGUAAAAAAAACCUUUAUUAUAUCUAUUUAGUUUACUUACACUAUUUGUACAAAUGACUAUAUUCCAACCUAUAGGACGAAUACCAGAGAUGUAAAAAUGUCAGAUCCUGUAACAUUGUACAGGCCGUGUCUAACCGUGAGCGGCAGAGAUAAAAUAAUUAAAAUAUUUAUAAUAUGAGUAGAAGUGAAGGCAUCAUCGCGGUGCGGCCGUGGGAUCGAGCUUUGUGGUCCGAUUGCGUCAAAGAUAUUUUUAGUAUGGCGGCGACAGGACGACGCGACUGUACAAAAAAUUUUCAAGCAAGGGUGGCGCCGAUUCAUGUCUUACCUACACGACGUGUCUCAAGUUUCAGUAUUGGAAAGUCAUAAAAAUUUAUCAUACAAUAAUUUAAUAUCGCUAUUUGUAAUUAACAAUAUACGAAAUAUAUAUUCGUAUUUAGGUGAAGUUCAUCUCUAAUGAAUAGUUCCAAAAUAAAUAUAAACAGAUGAAAUAUUAAUGGUAGAUCGACAGUGAUCGAUUACUUUUGCUACGGUGCAAUAACAUUGAUGUCUGGCGAGCAGGAUGCGCGCUCACCGAUGCGAUCGGCCAUGGCGUCCGAACGUACAUAAUUAUACCUACGAUACUAUAUAGAAGCAGUAAAUAUGGAUGGGAAAUGAUGGACAAGAUAAACACAAACCGGUCAACGAUCGACGCGGCUUUACUACAUCCGUCCUUGUCGCACCCGAAGGAUUGCAAACGCGCGGGCGGGGGGCGGCGCGCUGGGCGGGAGGCACGUACACAUCGCAGUGGAGAUGGUUAUUUUUUGUGCGUUGUCAAUGAAGGGACGGGUAGGGGUGGGCCGGCCCAGGAUCUCUCAUGCUCAGUCCUUAGCCACACGCGACCGAGACAGCCACGCGCACGCGCACAUGCCGAGUCUACCACGAAACAUGAAUUACGACGGCUGUGAUAGAAUAGUGCCCAUCAAACGCGAAGAGGAUCCUGACUGCCGGGAUGACGACGAAUAUUAUCGAUACGUGCCCGUCGAAGUGAAAAGACACGACCCACAAGCUUUCGCGCCAUCCUCACCAACACACCUAAUGGAUUUGAGCAACGGAAUUGAAAGACCGGUGCUGCAGCAGGCUUGGCCCACCAAUGUCAUAUUCGACAGCGAGGACCGAGACUACCAGCAGCCGCAAUACCCGCCGUACGACCAGCUCUACAUGACCGAUCAGAGACAAAGACAAUUACCUCGGACGUUCUACUUUGACGAUUCCAAUUCCCAGGACAGAGUGAACGGAUUCUACGAAAACAAUGAAGCGGCGAAGAUCGGGGAAACAUCGUACAGGGAGUCGACGGAGGAACGGAGCGAUGACAACGACGAGCAGAGAAGAUCGAGAAAGCGAUCCUCGAAAGCGUCUAGAAAGAAAACGCAAUCGUUCGAGGAGAUGCAAAUACAACGGGUAAUGGCGAAUGUAAGAGAGCGGCAAAGGACUCAGAGUCUGAACGAGGCGUUUGCCAGUUUACGGCAAAUCAUUCCAUCUCUGCCUAGCGAUAAAUUGUCCAAGAUCCAGACGCUGCAGCUGGCGACGCAGUACAUCGAGUUCCUGUACCAGAUCCUAUCUAGCAACGAGUGCGGGGCAAGCGAGGGGAGCGAGACGGGCAGUGAACACGGCAAAUACCUCGCUCAGGACAAGCUUAGCUACGCCUUCUCCGUGUGGCGCAUGGAAGGCGAGUGGACAAACGGACAAACGUGAUACUAGAUAUUCUAAAGACGUUGAUUAUAUUCCAUAUUAAGAUUGUUAAUUGAUUAUUUUGUAAGAAAGUGAAGUUUAAAUUAUUAGUUUUAAUUAGCGUUGUAAGUUGCAAGUUGUGAUAGUUCUUGUAAGUGGAUAAGAAAUAUCAAAAACUAAAAUAAUGUGAUUAUGGAUCAAUUAAUGUUAGGACCUACAGUAGUGAGUAGUUGUAAAUUAUAACAAAGAAAUACAGCUGUAUACCAAAAAGAUGAUUGAUUGUAUCUAUUUGUAAUGUAAAACAUAU